GGGAUCCGAGCCUUCUCCCCUUCGCCGCUUGCGCUAUUUAAGCCGCUUCCCGCUUGCCCCACGCCGGCUCCUUCGCCACGGCUUCCCCUCGGCAUCCUCUUCCCUCUUCCCCUCCCACGUCGACGGCAGAUACCUCUACCUGGAAUUAUGUCGGAUGAAGAACACCAUUUCGAGUCGAAGGCCGAUGCGGGGGCUUCCAAGACUUAUCCGCAGCAGGCUGGAACCAUCCGCAAGAACGGGUAUAUCGUCAUUAAGGGGAGGCCGUGCAAGGUUGUAGAGGUUUCGACCUCCAAGACUGGAAAACAUGGACAUGCUAAAUGUCACUUUGUUGGUAUUGAUAUUUUCAAUGCCAAGAAACUUGAAGAUAUUGUCCCAUCAUCUCAUAACUGUGAUGUUCCCCAUGUCACUCGUACUGACUAUCAGCUUAUUGACAUAUCUGAAGAUGGAUUUGUAAGUUUGUUGACUGAAAAUGGUAACACGAAGGAUGAUCUGAGACUCCCUACCGAUGAAUCCCUACUUGCUCCGAUUAAAGAUGGUUUUGCAGAAGGAAAGGACCUGGUGGUGUCUGUCAUGUGUUCAAUGGGUGAAGAGCAGAUCUGUGCACUCAAGGACAUUGGCCCCAAGUAGCUUACCUGCAUCUAUUUGCUGCCUUGUUUUUUUUUAGCAGUGGAUUCUGUAAGCAUAAUGGAGCCAUUUGAGACUUCAAGAACAUAUAUGUCAUGUGUACCUACUCUGCUCUAAAACUGCUUGAUCUGCCUUUCCCCCCGAUAAACAAGCUCGAUCUUGUUGGACAGUAGUCCAAUUACCCUAAAAAAAACUUAAAUAUGAUGUUCUUAUUAUAUUCAUCUAGCUAUUGUAACUGCACACGUGAGCAAUGUUGGCUCUCAUGUGCUAAUUAUC